AUUGUGAACUUUUUACCACAGGGACAAGUAUCAGCUAAACGAGGAGGCAACCAACCAUAUCUAAGGCAUAACGUGUCACGAAAUGCAGACUUGUGUAGCAAAAAGUCAUGUUUGAUCAAAGGAAGCACUGAUAAUCAGGAAUGGCUACUUUCAUUCGUCCUGAUUCUCAGAUAGUAGCACCAGGAGACAUGGUUCGUUUCUAUGGUAGUGCUGCUAUUGCUAUCCCUUCUCCUACUGUAACCUGGGAGAUGAAUGGAAUAAUGUUGCAAGAUGGAGAUCGUACAAGUCGAGUAUCUAUUUUUCCUUCUGGAGCUUUACAUAUAGAAAAUGUUACGCAACAGGACGAGGGGCGGUAUAUGCUACAGCUUACAAAUGGGUAUAGAGUGAGGAAGUUUGAUGUAACUCUUCGGAUUAAAGAAAGUUCUCUUCCUUGUCAACCUUCAGUUCAUCUUCCACUUUCUCAUGUACAAGUGAAUCUUGGUGAUGCUGCAACCAUUGAAGUUGUUAUUCAACAUUUGGGUUGUAUACCUGGACAGAUGUCAGUACAGUGGAUGAAAGAUGGAUCAUUCAUUAGUGACUCAGCAAAGUAUGCAUUCAAGGUAUACAGUUUGGUGGUUAGAGAUGUGGAACCAACAGAUCUUGGAAAUUAUACUAUCUUCGUAAGUGGGAAUGGUGUGGAAUUAAGCAAGCUAGUUCAUGUGUCAGCUCUAAUCAAACCAGCAUUAACCACACAAUUUUUGAAAGAGGAGACAGUCACGACUUUAGAUGAUACUAUGAUAACAUGCUCAGCUAGUGGAAGUCCAACACCUCUUGUUACAUGGUACAAGAACACAGAAAGAAUUGAAUAUGAUGGAAACCACUUUCAAUUGCAGUCAUCACCAGGACAACUGACAUUGAUUAUUCGCUCUUUCAAUGCAAGUGACGAUGGUGUAUAUCAGUGUAGUGCUAGUAAUGCUGUUGGACUUGUGAUUGGAACUACUUACUUGACUGCCAAAGAUGGUGUACCAACUGCUCCCAGGCAUGUCAAGGUUUUCCAAUUUGAUAAUGGAACGGUUCGGGUACAUUGGAAGACACCAACAGUAACCAAUGGACAAAUCAUCUCAUACACUAUUUAUUACAAACAGCUGCCUGAUGGAGUGGAAGAGUCUGUUGUUAGCAAUGACAUCAAUAUUCUUCAAGUUCUUUUGCAUCAAUUGGUAUCAUCUUCUAAGUAUAGUAUUUCAGUCACUGCGAGCACAUCAGGAGGUGAAAGUAAGAGGAGUCAUGUAAAGACAACGAUGGUCUCUACAGUAGCAUCACUUUUGCCAAUGACAACGACAGCAACAACAGAAGUAACCUCUUUAGUGACACAGGAGGCAACUGGAAGUGAAGCAUCAACGUCAAGAGAGAAACCUUCUCAAUUGCCUUCAGCAAAUAUUUCUUCAACAUUUCUCUUUUUGCCUGUGACUACAAAUGCAAGAACAACUAUGAUGCAUGUUACAGAAGCAGGUGGAACAGACAUUCGGGCCUCAACCUCAAAAGCAAAGAGCACAGAAUCAUUAUCUCAAUCACUGUCGAAGUCAACAAGAAACGUGAAUCUUGCAACAUUGUUGACGGCAAGAAGUACUAUGACAACCACAAUAGGAGCAACACAAGCUGAAGUUCAGAUGGUAACAAAAGGGAAGAGCACAGAAUCUUUUCAGUCAUCAUCCAAGUCAACAAAACAGCCCACAAAAUUGGCAUCUUUUGUGUCGAUGACGACAGUGGUGAGGACUACUGUAGUAACAAAACCACCAGAAACUGCUGGAACUGAAGUCGAAGAUGUUGUAGGGAAGGGUACAGAAUCUGUUCAGUCAUCGUCUAAGGCAGCAACUCAUGCAAUGCAUUUGGCAUCUUUGCCGAUGAAAACAACAGUAGGAUCAUCAGCAGUGAAAACAGCUGAAGCACUGAUAACUGAAGCUCAAGCGUUAACGAACAAAAGUCAAACAACAACAAUUCAAGCUCCAACAACUAAAGUUCAAGUUUCUAUGACUAAAACUUAUACACCAACAUCUAGAGCUCAAUCACCAACAACUGAAUUUCAUGCAACAAGAGGAAAAGGAAGGACAGAAUCCUCUUCAUCAUCGUUGUUGUUCACUAAUAGUUUUCCAAAGGACACAACUGUGGAAAGUCCAACUGUGCAAUUUACAGAACAAAAUGAUACUGAAACAUUGGAUUCGAAUGGAGACAUUAUAGAAAUUUUUUCGUUAUUAUCCAACUUAACCAAGCAACCUACAGGCGUCUAUGUACCUGUUGAUAUAACGGACGACUUGAUGCUAAUACCAUACAUUGUAGCACCAAUUGCUGGUGUUUGUGUGGUCGUGCUGGUCAUAAUCAUCUGUUAUGUUUAUUGUCGAAAGGAAGAGUGAGUUCUAUAAAAGUUUAUUGUCUGUUGUGCAAAAUUAUAAAACUAGUAAUUAUUAUAUACUAGCUGAUUAGCUGCUUGUUCUUUACUCAGGCAAAUUAAUUAGUUCAUUAAAGGAGCACUUCACCAGUCCGCACAUCUCUGACUUCGCCCUCGGCAUUAGACGUUUCUGGUCACACAUCAAGUUAGGAAGUUUGGCAGUAUCUCAGAGCAAACUUGAUAGCGGAGCAUUAUACUAAGGUUAAAAAACGAAAAUGUACGAGGCGGUUUCCCAAAUAGUGUCCAAGUGUAGGUUUUGUUUACCGCUUCAUGUAGACUUUGAUAUUUACUGAGGCAAAAGUAAAACGUGCUUGUGCAUCACUAACUCACUUUCAAUCGACAGCGAAAAGCACACAUACGCUAUGGUUCGGCUGUAGAAUGAAGGCACUUUGUGUCACGUGAUUAUGUGCGGUGACACACAUUUCCGUAUGUUUUUCGCAUCACGCAAGCCUUUUUAUACUGUCUGAUCUUCGUUCGUAGAUAGAAACACGAGGAAAGUGCGAAAGACCGAGCGACUGCAAGUCUUUCAAGAUGAUCCAUGUGAAGUCUACAACAUGUGAACAACUAAGUCGCUUAUGAAGUGUAACUUGUACUCGUUCACUUUCAGAGUCACCUGAAGCGUCUAGAUCCGUCUCUUGUGUGCUCUAGUAGUAGUCCUUGGAAAGCAAGACCAAAACAAUGUGCCGCACAACACAACAAGUGUUUGGUCUAUUGUGCGUGCGUCAAUCAGUGAAGUGUUCCUUUAACGCAAAUUCCCACAUCUAUAUACGGAUUGAUGGGCGGAGACAACAAAACCAGAUAUCCUGUUCGCCUGCCCUUAAUUCAAAUGGUGAAAAACCCACGGACUCUUGUGGUACUUCUUGGUACACAAAUAACAAAUCAUUGACAUAUCUAUCCCUCUGUUUACUAGGCUUUUCAGUACACAAUCGUCUCAGCGUCGUUUCAAGGUGCCGUUAAAUCUUCUCACCAUUUGCACAUGGGAAGAGAAGGCAUGACAGUAAGCUGACUAAUGCUAAAUAGUUUAGACACCUCUUUCAUGCAAUCCGAAACGAAUUGUCUGCUAAGUCAAUAAGAUUCUCAGUUAUUCCCACUCGGCUGUAAAUGUUGAAGAGCGCUUCCCGCUACUGUCUUUGUAUUGAUGUUCUUGAGAGCGAUGGCUUCUGGAUAUCUGUUUGCAUAAUAGAUUAACAUCAAGAUAUAUUGACUGCCGUCACCAGGAGAGGAGAUUGGUCCCACCAAGUCGACUGCCACUUUUUUAAACGGCUUGUCUAUUAAAGGGCCACCGACACGGAAAAAUCAAGAAUUAUUUUAAAGUUCUAUAUGAUAGUUCUCGGGAAAAAUAAUUUUAGAUUUAAGAGCAAGGUUUCUAUAAGAAAAUUGCCCCGUAAUGUGCUUUUGGUUGAUCGCAUCCGGUUUUGAGCAGUAGAUUCGGGGUGUGUACGUACGUAUGAUGUAAAAGUGAGAACGGAUGUUGCGUUUGCACAAAGGAACUAGGUAACGCACAAGACUCGAGUGGGUGCUAGGGUUAGAAUGGUCUGGCACUGUGUGGCAGCUGGGUGCUAUAUUACCAUGAAAGAAGGUGUGAGGCUCGUUUAGUUUCCGAAGACCCCUAACAAAGACGAAAGCGGGCGGAACAAGUCAGACAAACGAGAGAUUGCUGGUAAGCUCCAAGUAAUUCUUCUGUCUUUUGUAGUCGUUAUUUUGGAGCAGACUGCUUUGAAGAUGAGCCAGGAUUGUGCAAGCAUUUAGUUUAGGCUACGGGGCACCGAAAUGGAGCCGAAUGUCGUGCAUACUGAUUGAGACAAUGCGGAGAAUGGGCAGUUAGAAACACCAAAGAAGGAUGAGAUUGGCAUACGAAAAAAAUGUGAAAGAAAGAGUAGGUUGUAUUUAGACUUUAUAGAAGUGUACAUAUAGUGAUGAAUUAAAUUGAUUAAAACUGAGCCACUGAACCAUUUCUGUGGUGGUACACAAUCUGCUGACAAGAGGCAUGACAGCCAGUUUACAGCAUCUUGCUAAUUGAUGGUAAGAAGUAUAUCUGUAUAUCUCCUGUGCAGCAUAGUAAUGCAUUGUUGAAGUCAGCAUUGUUUGUAGAAUUGUUUCUCAUGAAUUUGAGGAGGAUCAGUUUCAUACAAUGCCAUAGUCUUGCUGUAUGUAGUCUGCAGAACCCACACAUCUAGUUAGGCAGAUGCCAGAGAAUCCUGGGUAUUCAGUGAUGUAAUGUCGUCAAAUUACUUCCAAGUAUGUCCUGGCAACACCCACUGAUGAC